AUGUUAUUUUUUUCACUGGCUGAGUCUGAGGGAAAUCCUCUGAAAUACCAGACCAAUGAGGAGGGAAGUCCAGGAACAGUGAUCGGUAACCUGGCCAAGGACAUGUCCUUGAGUCCCUCUUUUGGCUCCAAUACUAAUUUCAGGAUGAUGAAACAAUUCAACGAUUCUUUUAUCCGGGUGAGAGAAAGCGACGGGGAGCUUUCUGUUGGGGAGAGGAUUGACAGAGAGAGAAUCUGUAGGCACACUUUACAGUGUCUCAUCACUUUUGAUGUUGUCAGUUUUUCAAAAGAGAGGUACAAAUUGAUCCAUGUCGAGGUGGAGGUAAAAGACAUCAAUGAUAACUCUCCGGAGUUUCCAAACAAGGAAUAUACAGUUGAGAUCUCUGAAAAUGCCGAUGUGGGGUUCCGUAUUCAUUUGGACCCAGCCGAGGACGCAGAUGUCGGUUCAAACUACAUCCAAAGCUAUCAAAUUUCUGUCAACAGUCAUUUUUCAAUUGAUGUGCUUUUGAGAGCAGAUGGGGUUAAAUAUGCGGAGUUGGUGCUAAUGAAAGAGCUAGACAGAGAGACUCAGUCAUCUUAUGCGGUGGAGCUUAUUGCCACAGACGGAGGAAACCCUUAUAGGUCGGGUUCAACGAAAAUAACAAUUAAAGUGACAGACUUUAAUGACAACCGUCCUGUUUUUGACCAGAAUAAUUUCUCGGUAACUUUGCCCGAGAACGCACAGGUUGGAUUCGUUUUAUUGGACUUAAAUGCAGUUGAUCCAGAUGAGGGUUUAAAUGGAGAGGUGGGCUAUGGGUUCGGAAAACAGGUUUCUGCAGAAAUCAGAGAACUUUUCGAAGUGGACAGUAAAUCCGGGCGCGUGAGGCUUAAGAACCCAGUGGAUUUUGAGACCAAGAAAACAUAUGAAUUAGACGUGCAGGCGACUGAUCUAGGAUCUAACCCGACCCCCGCCGUCUGUAAAAUAAUAAUUCAUAUCAAAGACGUUAAUGACAAUGCCCCAGAAAUCAGUAUUACGCCAAUGACCUCCAUCUCAACAGGCAUCGCAUAUAUCAGCGAGACAGCAGACAAGGACAGCCUAGUGGCGCUGAUCAGCACCUCGGACAGGGACUCGGGCGUCAAUAGCCAGGUCCACUGCACUUUAUAUGGGCACGAUCAUUUCAAACUUCAACAGGCUUAUGAGGACAGCUACAUGAUUGUCACCGCAGCAUUCCUAGACAGGGAGAAGAUUAGUGAGUACAAUUUAACAGUGAUGGCUGAAGAUUUUGGGUCACCUCCAUUGAGAAAAAUCACACAAUACACCAUCAGGCUAAGCGACGAGAAUGACAACGCCCCACACUUUACUAAGCCUAUCUAUGAAGUUUCUGUGGUGGAAAAUAAUGCACCAGGGGCAUAUAUAACCACGGUUGAAGCCAGAGAUGCAGACUUGGGAACUAAUGGCAAAAUUACAUACAGACUUUUAGACAGUGUUAUAAUGGGAUCACCUGUCAACACGUUUGUAUCUAUAAAUGCAAUCUCUGGUUCAAUAUAUGCACUGAGAAGCUUCAACUAUGAAGUCAUGAAACAUCUGGAGGUACACAUCCAGGCAAGCGAUGAGGGGUCACCCCAGCUUCAGAGCAGUGCCAUCAUCAUUCUAAAAAUAUUGGAUCAGAAUGACAACGCUCCGUCUAUCAUAGAGCCCAUCCUUAAUAAGGGAUCAGCUGAGAUUUUCCUGCCCAAAGACGCACCUGCAGGUUAUGUUGUCACCCAGAUAAAGGCCACGGAUGCUGAAGAAGGCAUUAACGCGCAGAUGUCCUACAAAAUCACUGAGGGGGGACACUUGGGUUUCUCUAUCAAUAAGGUUACUGGGAAGUUACAUGUGACUCAUGAGCUGAACUAUGAUCUGUCUGAAACAUUGAGAGUCCUAGUGGCUGUCAAUGACAAUGGGACACCUUCUCUGACCUCCACAGCCACUAUACACCUCACUCUCAUCGAAGGCACUCCUCCCAGUGUUCCUGCUAUGGUCCAAAACGACAGUGUGGAGGUCUUUGAAUGGGACAUAGCCAUUAUCAUAGUCCUAUCAGGGAGCUGCUCCCUCCUCUUGCUAGCCAUCAUCUUAAUCACUACCACCUGCAGUCGACGCAAACAGGAGAAGAGAGAGGCGGGAUACAGUGAAAAUGAAGACAUGCCACAUGUGGAGAAGGGGGAGAGCAGACAAAUUGAUUCAUUGAUCACCAACCACAAAAGCAAUGUGUUUGAUGUGCACCCUUUUCCUGAGAAAGCACCGUUGGCCUCAAGCAACACAAUAAAAACAGCCCCUGACGAUGGAAGACAAGAAAAAGAGUGUGUCUUUGACAACAGAAUAAUGGAGGGUAAAUUGGAGGGUUAUUCGACAUUGCCUGGCUAUAGGAAAGAAACCCUCAGACCCAUAACCAUAUGGAAGGGUAAUUCAUUCACAACCAUCUCCGCGAGAGAUCCUCAGUUCAGUGGAAAGGACAGUGGGAAAGGAGACAGUGACUUUAACGACAGCGACUCUGACAUCAGUGGAGAUGGCCACAAAAAAGACUCCCCACCGAUAAACAGUGUUUCCACAGGUCUCUGGGCCUGCACCAGUGAGUGUAAAAUCCUAGGCCACUCAGACCGAUGCUGGAGCCCCUCUGCCACUAGAGCCAAUACCAGCCUCUCCCAUGGACCACACCUCUCAACCUUCUCCAAGACAGCCUCUCUGCCGCGAAACACUCUGCAAAGAGACGCCUACUACCAACAGGCUCACCUACCCAAAAUCAAUGGUCUGCAAAGUGUCUAUGAAAAAGUCCAGCACCAAGAAUUGGAUUAUAUUCUGGUUUGUCCACCAACACCAGCCAGGAUACUAGAGACUGAUGAGAUAUCCCUCCCAGAGUAUGGACAGUCCUAA